UUCCUAAGAUGGUCGAAAUUUCAAGAACAUCAAAGAAAAAUCCCUUCUUGACCACAAAUCAAAGAAAAAACACCACUUUUUACUUCAAAUUCUUUCUUUCCGCUUCUUUUUCCUUCUAUUUCUUCACUUUUUUUCUCCUAACCCAUAAUCCCAAUCUGGGUUUGAUCCAUCAUCAUCAUUAUGUCUCUAAUUCCAACGCCUUUGUCUCUAAAGCUCUCGUCCAAUCCGAACCCAACGAUUUCAAACUCNAUUCCAACGCCUUUGUCUCUAAAGCUCUCGUCCAAUCCGAACCCAAUGAUUUCAAACUAUUUGUCUAUGAUUUGCCGCCGGAGUUCAACGCCGAUUGGCUUUCCGACGGCCGGUGCGGCGGCCAUUUGUUUGCCUCCGAGGUGGCCAUUCAUAGAGCCCUGUUGACGAGCAGGGUUCGGUGUAUGGACCCUUAUGAGGCGGAUUUCUUCUUCGUUCCUGUUUAUGUUUCGUGUAAUUUUAGCUCCGUUAAUGGGUUGCCGGCUAUUGCUCAUGCUCGCCCUCUUUUGGCCUCCGCCGUGGCGGCUAUCUCUCGUGAAUUUCCGUUUUGGAAUCGGAGCGGCGGCGCCGACCAUAUCUUUGUCGCUUCACAUGACUAUGGCGCUUGUUUCCACGCCAUGGAGCAUGAGGCUAUGGCAGAUGGGAUACCGCAAUUCUUGAAGAAUUCGAUCAUUUUGCAGACUUUUGGAGUCAAAUAUAAGCACCCAUGUCAGGAUGUUGAGAAUAUUCUUAUUCCGCCUUAUAUUCCACCGGAAUCUGUGGAAGAAUCCGUCGUCCACGGCCGUCGGAGAGACAUAUUCGCGUUUUUCAGGGGAAAAAUGGAGGUCAACCCCAAGAACUUCGGUGGCCGAUUCUAUGGCAAGUAAGGCAAUUUUGAAAAGAUCAAGUCUUUAUUAUUAUUAUUAUUGGGUUUUUUUUUU